AUGUGCUGCAAGAUCGUCGCCGCCCUCGCGCUAGCGCUCGUGGUGCUCGGCGCGGCCGAGGGCCAGGUCCUGCCGACCCCCUGUUGCCGCUUUGACUGUUGCGACGGCAUUCGGUGCUGCGCUGCCAGCCCCGGGACGGCCGUGGACGUGGUCACCCCAUCCCCGUCGCCCGCUGUGUCCUUCGCCAGCAACGACGCCAAGACUUGGCCUGGUCGUGCGUCUCUCAAAAUCGGCGCUGGAAACUAG